AAAGUCAAAAAUAGGCACAUCAAAAAUAAACUGAAAUCCUUAUCUUAAAGUCCGGUGAAGUUACGUCCCAACAAAACGACGGCGCGCUGGAACGUUGAUGUAUGUAACCGACAACGUUUACACUUUCUUUUGACUCUUCGGUUGCCUUAUUAAUUAAUUUCACCACCACCACCACCAGUCCACCACCAUGGCUGCCGUCGUCGUUCCGGAGAAAAACAUGUCGCCGUCGCCUCCGCCGUCUCAGCAUAUGCAUCUAUCAGCUUCUACUUCCCGGCGUGGCCUCGAUACCGGCUCUGAUACUGAUGCUGCUCCCGAUCGCCGCUCUUCCCUUGAUCUUCCCUCUCCUUCCACCCGUAGCCCUUCUCGAUUGUCUGAUGCUCAGAAUCAGCUAGCUAUGAAGAGUGAAGAGUAUCGACAACUUUUUCGUUUACCACCUGAUGAAGUCCUGGUUCAAGAUUUUAAUUGUGCGCUGCAAGAGAGUUUUCUACUUCAGGGUCAUAUGUACCUCUUUGGCCAUAGUAUUUGCUUCUAUUCCAACCUCUUUGGCUUUGAGACAAAGAGAAUAAUUCCUUUUCAUGAGAUCACGGCAGUACGAAGAGCUAAAGCUGCGGCCAUAUUCCCGACGGCAAUAGAAAUAGUAGCCGGAGGAAAGAAGUACUUUUUUACAUCUUUCCUUUCCCGAGAUGAAGCUUUUAAGCUUAUUGAUGAUGGUUGGCUACAACACAAUGGUGCGGAUAAAGAGUCUGCAGAUCCGGAACCAAAAUCUAAUCUAAACAUCCUAGAUAGUGGAAUAGUAGAAGGAGCAGAUAGUUUCAAGCAGGCUAGGGAAGGGGUCGAAUGCCUAGAAAGGAAUGAGGACAAUAUGGUACAGGAAGACUCAAAGCCAUUAGUCAAUGGUCAGUUUGAAAUUGUAUCAAACCCUUCAGGAGUGCAGGACAAGGUGGAGGAAGAAGCGGUUAUUGUUCAAAAAACUGAUUGUUCAUCAUCUGGAAAGUCCUCUGGUUUGAAGCAGGAGGAUUCAGAUGCACCUAGGGUCCCUGAAUGCUUUACACUUGUUGCAGAGGCAAAAUUUCCGGUUAAGGUUGAGAAGUUCUUUGAACUCUUCAUUUCAGAUGCCGGUCUUGAUUUUCAGGAGUCAUUCCGUAGAAAAUGUGGUGAUAAAGAUUUUAAGUGUACACAGUGGCAUCCGCAUGAAGAAUUUGGGCACACUCGCAAUUUGUCGUUUCAGCAUCCUAUUAAAAUCUAUUUAGGUGCAAAACUUGGUGGCUGCCACGAGGUUCAAAAGUAUCGUUGUUACAGAAAUAGUCACCUGGUGAUUGAGUCAUCACAAGAAGUCAGUGAUGUUCCUUUUGCAGACUAUUUUCAAGUGGAGGCUUUUUGGGAUGUAGAAAGGGAUGGGGAUGGACCUGAAGGAGGCUGCAGUUUGAAGGUGUAUAUAAAUGUGGCAUUUACAAAGAAAACUAUAUUUAGAGGGAAGAUAGUGCAGUCUACAGUUGAUGAAUGUCGAGACGUGUAUGCCACAUGGAUUUCCCUUGCGCAUGAACUGUUGAAGCAAAAGAAGUUAGAGAAGGAAAAAGCGGAUGGUCAAGCUGCUAAUGUGGUAACAAUUGCUCAGCCGAAAGAAAGUUCUGAACAUGUGGAAAACUUAGAUGAGACAAGUAAUGAAGUCAGGUCACAAAUACCGCUGCUCAGCCAGCAAGCUGCAAAUUCCCGGCUGGGUAGCUGUAGCAGUACUGUGUCCCUAACUUCCUUGUGUAGAGAUUUCAUGCUCAAGUGUUCAUCAUCUUUGAAAUCUCAGAGCCAAGUUUCCAUUCUUAUAGUGAUCACCAUUGCUGUGAUCCUGAUUUUAAUGCAGAUGAGCAUACUCGUGUUAUUAGGUAGACCACAGCAUGUCCACGUGAUAUCUCAAGGGGAUUCUGCAAGUAGCAUGUAUCGACUUGGAGAGACGGCUUUUGAUACACUAAGUUUUCUGGAUAAAAAGAUUAAUCAUCUAAAAGAUGAGAUGCUUAUGGUUGAAACACUGCUUGACAAAAUGCAGCAGGAACAUACACUUCUAAAGACAAAACUGGAAGAGUUUGAGCACCUACGGAAGCUGCAGAAAGGAUAAACGAGCUGUGUACGUAGAUGCUACUGCUUCUUUUGUGUUUUUUUUUGUUUUUUGGGGUGAAGGUUUGCAUGUUGUACAUUUCUUCUGAUUUUUGUAUUUUGGACAUUCAUGUACAUUUUGAAUUACUACAUGAUUGCAGUAUCUUCAUAAGUAGUAAAAUAAUUGUAAAUAUGUAACAAAUACAACCGUCCUAAGAGCUUUUAUAUCUUGAAUUGAAUAGUCUUCUGUUGAGAA